GGCGGUUCGAUGACCAACAGCGCGCACAGAACGAAAAUAUCCAGCGUUCGAUAUUGAAACUAGCUCCGGAAUUAUUCCUGUCAACUAUAGCAGUGAAACUCAACGUGUGAAACCUGGUUGGGAGCAAAAAUGAGAUGGAUAUUUUACGUUUUCUGCCUUCUCUUGCGAAUCAACUUUUUGGGUGCUACAGAAACACCGAUAGUUGGAAUCCUGGCACUGGAGCCGUACGGUAUCCAGAAAUUUUAUCCCAACCUUCACAUCAGCAGUUACAUAUCAGCUUCAUACGUGAAGUUUCUUGAGAGCUCUGGAGCUAGAGUCAUUCCUGUUUGGAUAGGCCAAAGUUUGGAGUAUUAUGAGAGGGUUGUCAGGUUCACAAAUGGAAUGCUGUUUCCAGGAGGAGCAACUUACUUCAAUGAAUCGAAGGGCUAUGCAGAAGCGGCUAAGAUAAUAUUUCGGUUAGCCGAGGAGCUCAAUGAUAGGGGAAUCUAUUACCCUCUGAUUGGAAUUUGUUUAGGAAUGCAGGUAUUAGCAUUUGCCUCAGCUGGUGGAAAGGACAUUCGAAUUGGUUGUGACGCCAUGAAGGUGUCGCUCCCAUUGGAAUUCGACCCAAAUUACAGUGAAAGCAGGGUUUUCAAGGAUACACCAAAAGAGAUCCUGUCAGAUUUGAGGGAUAAGAACGUAACCUAUAACUACCACAAGUACUGUUUGACCGACGAAGUUCUCAAUGAUAAUAACCUCACUGACAUCUGGCGGAUUGUGACGAGAAAUGAUGAUAUUCACGGAAAAAAAUUCAUAUCCAUCAUGGAGCACAAGAAAUAUCCAUUUUACGGAUUUCAGUUUCACCCGGAAAAAUCAAAAUUCGAGUUCCAGGAGAGGCUGAUGAUUCCGCAUGACUUGUACAACAGGAGGGUCUCACAAUUUUUCGCCGAUUUCACCGUGGGGGAGUGCAGUAAGAACAACAACACUUUUCCGGAUAGGAACAUCGAGCAUAGGUCCCUGAUAUAUAAUUUUAAUGUCGUAUUGGGCCCCAUCAAUUGUAGUUAUUUGCAGCUUUAUUUAUUCACCGACAGUGAGCCUGCACAAUAUCAACUCGUCUGAGUUUUUAAGAACGAAAAUUAAACUGAUUUACAGUUUUGGUCUAACUGAAUCGACCGCUAUAUAUUUUCCAUGGCAACAUAACAGGAAGGUAGAUUUUUUUAAACGA